AUGGCACAAAGUCACAAUCAAGGAGAAGCCUCCCAUGGAGCUCACCAAGCUACACGAGAAAAGCAUAUGCGAAAACAAUGGGAACUUUUACUUCCAGACGAACGAAAGCUGGGAUUCCGGCAUUUCCAACUUCAAGAAGCAGAGAGAUAUAUCUACCACUCGAUUUCACAGUCUCUACACCAAUGGCCCGACCAUGGGAUACUGUACUACCCUUACAGACAACCUGAUCUCCCACCAAGCUAUGAUGCGGAAAUUACUGUCGCUGCUGCUGGUCCUCUGGAAGUAGCUCGUUUCAUUCCGCCGGACGGCAGGAUUCAACUUCCGUUUGAUUUCCACUGGCAGAUCCAGAAAGAUCAGUUCGAAUGUAGAGCUGAGAUUGGCAGCGAUUUGCAAACUCUUCGACACAUGGCGCAAUCUAAGGUCCAGUCUUUGAAUGCAUUUUUUGGGGAAGAUUUCCGAAUAUUUUGUCGAAUGAUUGUCUGGGACAUCAAUCCCUCGACACCAGCUCUCCACCUGGAGUACGACAUAGGGGGCCUGGGUUCUGGAGUUGGUGAUGACCAGGGCUAUGAAGUUUUCCGCAAUUCCAAGGGUAGUUCUUUAGAUUGGCGAGCUAAAGUUGAGCCCCUAAUCACCAGGUUUGCAUUGUUGUGCCAAACCAAACCAAGACAAGGUGGUGCACCCUGGCAAAGAAUUAUCCUCUGCCAGGGCUUGCCCUUUGCUUCCCAGGAAACAGGAGAGGAUCGACACUUCCCCUUUCUUGUGUUCGAUCGCGAGGCCUACAACGAUCCGGUACGCAGAGCGACCAACCUGCACCUAUCAAACGGACGAAUAGGUGGUAGCAAAACUACAAAUCCCUAUGCUGAUCCAAAUGCCCCCUUUCACACGACUUUCUUCGAGAACUUACCCGAGUAUAACAUCAAGAGGAUAUUGAAAGCAAGUAAGGAGAAGAAGUUAAGAAUCGGUUAUCUUCAUAGCAAGCCACCACGAGAUGACAACAGCGGCGAAAGUGACCACGAUGGGCACGCUUUUCGGAAGAGUUCAUUCACAAUCGUUGCGACUGCCGAACGCAUUCAACAGGAAUCCGAUCAUGAUACCCCUUUGCACCAGAAACGCAACCUUCACUGGACGAUGUUGGUCUUGAGUCCUUCUGACUUUUUGCCCCCUUCCUAUGAAGCGGUCCUGGGGAUAGGUUCGGAGAGAGAAGUAGCACACAUGAGCCGGCAGACUGCCGAGUUAUCUUUCAUCGUGUAUGCGCUCAACGAGAUUGAACGGCGCUGGAGGAAGCUGAAUGACCAUAUUGCAAGCCUCCUUGUCGAAGAUUUCAUGGACCCAGAGGCUUAUACCAAAUUACUUUUCGACGAUGAGACAUUCAGCCGAUCCCGACUGUAUUUCUGGAUUCUUGGCUGUCUCAACGAGUUUCAAACCACUAUUGAAGACAAUAUCCAGCAAUCAAGGCUGUUUCGAAAAGGCCGGAUUCAGCCUGUACUCCAGGCGUUGUCAAGCUCGCCGACUCAAGACGCCAUGAGGCUUCAAGAAUUAGACAAGAAGGUCGAUGAACUCGAGCAGAGUUUAGGGGAUUUGAGGACACAAUUCCAGUCCAAAAUACUCACUGUCCAAGGCUUGCGUGAAGGCCUUUUCAAUGCCAGCGCUCUCAUGGAGAGUCGGUCUUCCACAAGACUUGGCCAAAAUGUGCAACUUUUGACCUACGUAAGCAUAUUCUACCUGCCGUUAGGUUUCUGUACCGCACUCUGGGCAAUUCCCAAUAUUUCAGAAAGCGCCACAAAAGUUCCCUUUGUGAUUACUGCUUCUCUCGUGGGCUUCGUCACAUACGCAAUUGUCUUCAAUCUUGGAAAUAUCAAAGAGGCGUUGGGCAAGGUAUAUUCCGGCUACAGAAUGCGGCUUCUACAGCAGAUGGAGAACGAUAAAGACUUGUCGUGGCAAGAAUUCCGAAAGCAAUUUAAGCAAUUCCCCCCAAAUCCACAGCAAACUAGACCAUCUGAAUGGUGGAUACUGAGGUACCAGCUGCACAGGCUACCAUUCGGAAGGAGUCGUGCAAAGGCGGCUAAAUCCGGGGACGCAUCGUGA